GCAUGCAGCAAUAAACAGAAACGGCAGCAGCAGUAGUAGUAGUGUCAGCGACAGUACUGCUUUGCUGUGGAGACGGCGGAGAUAUUAGCGGAUAUAAUGAUGGUGGUGGUGGCAGUAGUAAGAGUCUAGUCAUAGUCCGACACGUGACCCGGCUGGUUGUUCGAGAUUGCGCAGUUGCAUCGAUCUCCACGUAUUCUUGAAAGACGGGGUUCACUUCGUUAUGAGUCUGCUGCCUAACUUGGCCUCCCAAACGGGCCUGUUAGUACAGCUCAAAUACUGUGAGAAUCUGUAUAUUUCGGCAAUAUUAUUAUUAAUCUCUCAGCUCCGGUGCUAUGUAGAUAACUCUAUUUUGACUCUUUAAAACCAAAAAAAAAAAAAAAAAAAAAAAAAAAAUAUUUGAAAAAGAGAAAAUAUUAUUAAAAAAAAAACAAACAAACGACAGAGUGGAAAAAGAAGACAGGAGAAAUACAAACAAAACAAACAAACAAAACCUAUCAUUUAUCAAUCAACUAACAUAUAAACAAAUGCAAACACAAACAACAGUUAUAACUAUAUCAACAACAAAUUAUUAUUAUUAUUAAAUCCACGAAAGGGAUAGAAAAAAAACAUAAACAAACAAAAAAAAGCAAGAAACAAAAAUUACCACAAACAUAAGCUCGUGUGUGUGUUGUAUAGUUUUUCCCCCCACCAAGCAGAUUCUGUGAUAAAGUGCAAUUUUGCAGGGUAUAUUAUAAAUUAAAAACAAACACAAAAAAAAGAUAACAUUAAUCGGCCAUUAAAAACAACUCCUUUUGAAGCUGAAUAUCCAAAGAUCUUUUUCAUCUUGCCUUAAGUAUCAACCACAUUGCAACUAUCAUUGUAUACAUCCUCAGGAUCCAAUCCGUUGCCAAUAUCCAGUUACAAACACUGCCUAAAGACUUCAUAAUACAUAUGGGAUGACCAAAUGGCCGUAUGAAUCUGCUUUGAAUUUUGGAAAAAUUUGGCUUGUCUCCCCAACUCUUGCACACAGCUUCCCACCUUGAAAGUAAGUGUAAUGCUGUGCGGGUCUCCACACAACCCACAUGGCAAAGGAAAAAGUCUGGCAGAGUGCCAGAUGAAUCUAGAAGGCUUUCAAGGACACAUCCCUGGAAUGUCAGCAGAUUCUGUCUCUUCAAAUGACAAGAUUCAGAAAGCAAGUACCUGGCACAACAAUCCAGGACUAGGGUGGCAAACAAGCAACGAUUUACUUGUUGAAAAAAGGAAUAAGGAGGUUUGGCCUUCAACCAGAAACAAAUACUGGAACAGAACCUCUCCUUUUGGAGGUAAUUAUGGUUCCGUUAGUUCAGGAUCUGUGAUAUCUAGCUCAAGCUACCAAAACCAAGGUCUUGAGACCAGUCAGGGAUCAAGUGCCAUGCAAGGUCAAAGUGCUUCCGCGUGGAGCUCAAAUCCCAAUUAUAAUGGACUUGAAAGACACACUUGGAAUGCUGGGAGCAUCUCUAAUAGUUCUGCCAAUCUCAACAAUGCAGGAUGGGGUACCCUACCUCACAGUCUUUCGAUGAAUAGCCAAGGCCAUAAUAUGCAACUUCGCUCUGGUUCUGCUGGAAGUGAUGGUAGUUCCAUGAAUUCUUUUGCUACAAGUAACAUCCCCAGUAUGGCAUGGGGAGGACCUGCUUCUCAGGGUGGUGGCGGUGGUAAUAGUGGUGGUGCUGGUGGCGGCGGAAUGGGUCGUCCACCAAACACAGCCAUACAGCUGAUGCAACAUAGUUCUGGCACAGGAGACAUGAACAGUCACAACAGAUCUGUACCUAAUAAUGGUGCUUCACUCAGUACAAGUGAACCUCAGGGUGGCUGCCAGUCAAGAGGACAUGGUGGCAAUCAGUUAUUGUGGCAGGGUGUUAACCAGACUAUCAUGCCACCACCAGCUAUUUCUUCACUUCGUGGUACUGGUUGCAGUGAACCCAGCUGGAAUAGUGUUAAUAAUCAGAAUAAUCGACCAUUAAUGAUAAACAAUCAGGGAGAUGGGUCUUUGACAGAUAAACAGAGUGAUAACACAUGUCAGCAGAAUUCUGGAGAGACCUCCACCAACUGGAGUGUGUUGUCGAGUGCCAAUAGUGGGAAUACAAAGAAAAACCCCAACAACUGGGACCGUGCUGUUUCACCUGCCACUAGUGUCAGUUCAGAUUGGAGUAGUAACACUGGACAACGCAGCAUCAGCCAACCACCAGUAAGUGGUAACCAGUGGAACAGCAACACACCUAACAGUAACAAUAGCAAUAGCAACAAUACCACCAACCACCAAGGAGUAGGAGGAGGAGGUUCUUCAUCAUCUUCGUCAUCUUCAUCUUCAUCGUCAAAUCCACCCAAAUCGCAGCCCAGUACAUGGGCACAAGCUGCUGGAAAGGGACUCAAUAUUUCUUCCACUCCAAAUUCCACUAGUGGAAAUUCUACUGCUGGAAAUAAUGGAUCUCGGUCAUCCAUCUCUUCUCAACGAGAUGAGAUAAAACGGCUCAUUGAAAGCAACGAAGGCUGGGGAUCACGACCAAUCAGGCAAGACAAUACCUGGGUUGUGCAAUUCUCGCCCAAAUCUAAGCGAAAAUUUGAAGAGGAAUCAAAUGUGUGGAAUAAUGGCAGCACAAAUGGAACUGCUGUUUGGGAAGCAACUAAAGAUGGUACUGCAAUCUGGUAUGGUACUGCUGGCAGACCUGGUGUGUCAGGGUUUCAUCAUGAAUCAGACAAUACAAAUACCUGGGGUGAUAAAUCCAAUAAAACCAACUCAGGUGCUAUAGGUAAUGCUAGUGUUGGCAACACUGCUAGCAAUAACCCUGUCCGGUGUAGUAGUGCAGGCAGUAGUGGGAGUGGAAUUGGGAGUAAUCCUGUGGGAAGUAACAAUAAUAUUACUAUUAGUGGAGGAGCAAGCAAUAGCAACAUCAUCCUUAGCAGUAGCAACAAUAAUAGCGGCAACAACAGUAGUUGCAGUAAUAAUGCCCAGGGUAAUAACAAUGUUGCCAAUAAUAAUAGCAGCAGCAUUAUGGGAAGCAUUCCUAUUCGUAACAAUGGCAACAACCAAUCUACUGGACCACAACCAAACAUUGGCAGCAACAACAGUGAUAAGAAUGUUGGGAUGUGGAGUAGCAGCAAUGGCGGACCUGGGAGUGUUGGUGGCGGCAGUGGUAGCAGCAGUAAUGCAAGUGGAGGAGGCAGCAGCUCUGGCAGCAGUACAGGAGGAGGUGUUGCAAAUAGUAUAAGUGGGACAGGAAAUGUGCAGCCUAAAAACUGGAACAAGACUGAAACAGGGUCCUGGAAUGCAACUCAUACUGCAAGCACCAAUAAUGGCAAUAUCAAUGCUGGUAUUAACAAAGGGCCAAAAUCUUUCGGGCACUCAAACAGUGGCUGGGAAGAACCAUCUCCACCCUCCCAAAGACGACAUAUUGAUGUUGACAAUGGUACAUCGUAUUGGGGAGAUCCAGCACAUCAACCUCAACCUCAGAAUUGGAACAAUCUUCCUAACUUAUCUAACCCUCAGCAACCUCAACAUCUCCAACAACAACUUCACCACCAACAACAACAACAGCAGCAGCAGCAGCAGCAACAACCACAACAACAACAGCAUCAACAGCAUCAACAACAUCAACAUCAACAGCAACAACAGCAGCAGCAACAGCAGCAACAACAACAACAACAGCAACAACAGCAGCAACAACAACAACAACAGCAGCAACAACAGCAACAGCAAAGACAAAAAGAUGACAACCAGUGGAAUAAAGGACUUCCUCAAAAGCAAGCAAAUUCUGGCUGGGGAGAUCCUGCACCUCCAAAAUCACAAGCUGAUGAUGGCACAAGUAUUUGGGCCACAAGUGCUCAACAACAGGCAAAAUCUAAUGGUUGGGAUACCGGUGGCACACAAUGGGGGGCUGCAGCUAUGGCUUCCAAAUAUAGACCAGCAACUAACUGGCAUGAUAAUGACAUAAAUUCUUGGAAUCCUCAAAGAAAGGGUUGGAAUGAAGAUAGCAGUAUAGGUAAUCCUAGUGUUGAUACUGCUUGGCAUGAUGCUGACAUGGGCACAUGGAAUGAGGGACCUCAGGAAAAUAGUUCAUGGAGUAGUGCUCCCGGUUGGAAAGGCAAACGGAAUAAUUUCAAGGGUGCUAACAAGUUUCCCGGUGGUGGUAGCCAAGCUCCUCUCAUGAGAGUGAAGCUUUUGCAGCAACUCACUGACAUGGGUUUCAAGAGAGAUGAUGCCCAAACUGCCCUGAUCAACCAUAACAUGAACUAUGAUAAUGCCCUCGCUGAUUUGCGACAAGGUGCUACAGCUAUGAAAAAAGAUGAGGAUGUAUUCCAAAUGGAUUCCAAACGCAAAUUAUCUGGAAUUAUUGAUACAGCUAGUGGCUUAAAUGAUGACAUAUCUGAUAGUCAGUCUGACAGUAGUCAUUUUGUGCCUAAUAUCUCCAUGCAAAAUACUCCAUUUCCAACUGCUCAAUCUCAGCUCUCCAAUCAGUCACACACACUCCCUCAUAAAGCAAUCUCUAGUCUACCCCCGCCUAUUAUGAGUAAUAAUCAGAAUGCUAUCCUUCAGCAAAAAGUUCUGCAUAAAAUGAACCAGCAGCAACAACAGCAGCACCAGCAGCAACAACAACAAUCAUUACAAAUGAGCCAAGGCCCUCAAACACAGCCAUCGCAACAACAGCAACAACAUCAACCAGCAACACCUCCUCAAGUGCAAUCACAUCCUCAACAAGUAAUGAACUCUACACAGGGACCGGUAGGUGGUCGUGGAAGUGGUGGUAGUAUUAGUGUCAGCACUAAUAACCCUGGUGCUAGUGGAAAUACAGUUACUGCAGGAGGGAGCAACACUAGUGGUGCUGGAAGUAACAACCAACUUCCAACCACUAACACUGUGCAACAGCAGUUAGCACAGCACCAAAUCUUGCAACAGCUUCGAAUGGCCGUCCAGGCAGGGCUUAUCAGCCCACAAUUGCUAAACCAGCAAUUGCCUCCUCCAAUGCUCCUUCUUUUGCAGCAACUUCUGCAAAUGCAAUCAGGCUUGCAACAGCUUGUUACAAGGCAGCAGUUCCUACAGCAACAGAACCGAAAUGGUAGUGGUGGGAAUGCCAGUCACACUCAAAAGCAAAUGGACCAAACAAUCAAUCGAUUUAAGACACAAAUGCUGCAGCUACAGCAGCAAAUAGCUCAGGCCCAGCAAAAUCUUCCCAAACCUCAAAAUAUACCUGAACCAAUAGAGGCUUUCUCACCCUUGCAGAAUGAUAUGACCAACAUAUCCAUAUCCACCUGCUCUCAGUCCCGUCUUCUCAACCAGUGGAAACGUCCUUCUCCUGAUAAAGAUGCCAAUAUUCCCCCUGAUCCAAUGAUGAAUAAGGCUGUGGGUUCCAAACCUCUCCAUCACCCUAUGUCUUCUUCAAAUUUAGGAAGAUAUGACUUGAGUCUUGGCCUCAGUGAUUCAACUUGGUCAAAUGCCCCCACAACUUCAUCCCAAAAUUGGCCCAAUGUAUCUCCAAUUGGAACAAAUAGUCAAGUUGAAUCUUCCAAAGACAUUUCUCAAGUGAAGGAAUCUCAAUCUGCUAGCUCUUCAUCUGCACUCAAUUUGAAUGAUAUGAUUCCAGAAUUUGUCCCUGGUAAGCCCUGGCAAGGAAUUACUGGUACUAAAAGUGUGGAAGAUGAUCCAUACAUCACUCCAGGAAGUUUUUCUCGUUCACUGAGUGUUAAUACUAUAAAAGAUGAUUAUUUGAAUAACUUUUCCUCUAGUAUUACCAAAGCCGGUCCAAUUGUCACUUCAGAAUCAUGGCCAAUGAAAGACUUCCCUAAGACAAGCAAUUCAUCUCAAACAAUUGGUGGUGGAACUCAAAAGAAUUGGAGCUCAGCUGAUUCUGUUACUACUCCCACCAGCUUCACUUCUGAGGUCUGGGGUGUGCCUUUGCAACCCAAAUCUAGUGGCAAUUCUGCUCGCCCUCCACCAGGCCUUGUUCAUAACAAAACUACAUCAGCAUCCACAUCCAGCUGGAACAGCAGCUCUUUUCCUGGCAGCCGUCAGGUAUCUUGGUCUGGAAGAUCAACUGAACCAUUCCCUUCAGUCAACUCGUCCGCAUCAUGGGUUGUAAGUAACUGGUUGGUCCUCAGGAAUCUCACUCCCCAGAUUGAUGGCUCUACUUUAAAAACUCUGUGCCAACAACAUGGACCUCUGCAAUUUUUCUACCUUAGCCUCAACCAUGGCCAAGCCCUUGUACGUUAUUCAUCCAAAGAUGAAGCAGUGAAGGCUCAAAAGGCUUUGAAUACUUGUGUUCUUGGAAACACAACCAUAUUAGCUGAAUUUGUUUCAGAACGUGAGGCUAACCACUUAGUGGAGCAAAGUUCAACUACUUCAGCAGCACCCCCAUCCACUAGUCAAUGGUCGCAGUCCUCUCAAUCAGAUUAUCGGCCUCCACCCCCACCACAACCUGGUGCACCUCCACACUACAGCAGCCGCAACGAAAAUCACUGGAACAUGCCUGCUUCUGUUCAAUUUGGAGGUUUUCCAGGGAACACUAUGUGGAACAAUAGCCUCUGGGGCGGAGUUGCAAUGGAUGACCAUGGUUCUGCUCCUUUACUUGGCAAUAUUCUGGGGGGAGAAUCUAUGUGAUUUUUUUUUUCUCCCUACCCUGUGAAAAUUUUUAUUCUUUUAUUUUUCCUCCAUCCAACUCACACCACACUUUCUUCAUUGUACUAUAUUUGUCUUGUCUCUCUAUCACUUUGUCUCUGUCUGUGUCUCUCUCUGUGAUCUCUAGUUUUUAUUUCUUAUUUAUCUGACUCCUACCCAAAUGGCUACACGUACAUAAACAUAACCCCUUGUCCUUUCACUUGUUAUUUUAAAAACAAAAAUAAUGAAACAACUAAAUCUCCUCUGUGAAACCAGAUCUCGUAGCUUUCAUGGCAACAUAUUCAUUCAUACUUUGUUCGUUUUUGUUUUUCUUUCUAUAUAUUAAAAGAAAAAAAAACAUUGUAAAAAAAAAAAAGCAAAAAAAAAGAUCUGAUAACCAUGCAGCAUUAUAGAGAAUGAAAUUUAAUUUGAAAAGUCAUUUAAUUAUAUUAUAAAUUAUGAAUCGGGUGCAAUCAGCUGUUGUAUGAACUGUUUUUGAAGCAGAAGAAAAACAAAUAUACACACAUAUAUAUACAUACAUAUAUACAUAUAUAUAUAUUAUAUUAUAUUAUAUAUAUAUAUAUAUAUAUGUAUAUAUAUAUGUAUAUGUAUAUAUAUAAACUUUCCCACCCCCCAUUCCCCCAAAAAAGUGACAGUUAAAGUUGACCAGAAAUAGUCAAAUUUUGUCAUGUGAUAAUCUUUUGAAGUUAUGCCUAGUUUUAUUGUCCAAUGCAAUGGAGAUAUAACUAGUUCCUACAGCAGCAACAGCAGCUAGGAACUGCUGGCAGCAGAAAGCGGUGCUUGUUCAAAGCCGUAUAUAGACACAAAUCCUAUUGAGUGAAGAAAUGACAAGAUUAGAAAGAAUGAGUGAGAAUGAUAGAAAUGAUGUAGAGCUUAUGCUUACUCUGAUGAUGUUGAUUCUUACCUUCAUGCAUAUGUAAUAAAACCAAGGUGGGUAAAAAAAAAAUUAGAAGAAAAAUAUAGAAAACAGCAACUAUGUAUGACUGAAAGAUCUAGGAAUUGUGUAAUUGAAAGAAUAAGGAAAGCAUGUAUGAUUGAAAGAAGGAGGUAUGUAUGAUUGAAAGAACAAGUAUUGCUUCUUCAAAACAAACAAAAAAA